AGUCUCCCUGGGCGGAGGCGGAAACGGAAGCCUGCUCAGGCCCGAGCCGAAGCUGUAGCCGCGUGCGGGGGCUGCGGUCGACUGGCGAGCCGGUGUGGAGGGACGCCGGAAGGGACGGGCCCCGGCUCCCCGCGUCGCGAGUGCCCCUUAGGCCUCAUGGCGGUCCGAGCGUCUUUCGAGAACAACUGUGAAAUCGGCUGCUUUGCCAAACUCACCAACACCUACUGCCUAGUGGCCAUCGGAGGGUCAGAGAACUUCUACAGUGUGUUCGAGGGUGAGCUCGCCGAUACCAUCCCCGUGGUGCACGCGUCCAUUGCCGGCUGCCGCAUCAUCGGGCGCAUGUGUGUGGGGAAUAGACAUGGCCUUCUGGUGCCCAACAAUACCACCGACCAGGAACUGCAGCACAUUCGCAACUGCCUCCCAGACUCAGUGCAGAUCCGGCGGGUGGAGGAGCGGCUCUCAGCCCUAGGCAAUGUUACCACGUGCAACGACUAUGUGGCCUUGGUCCACCCAGACCUGGACAGGGAAACAGAAGAAAUCCUGGCUGACGUGCUCAAGGUGGAAGUCUUUAGACAGACCGUGGCUGACCAGGUGCUAGUAGGCAGCUACUCUGUGUUCAGCAAUCAGGGAGGGCUGGUACAUCCCAAGACUUCAAUUGAAGACCAAGACGAGCUGUCCUCUCUUCUUCAGGUUCCCCUUGUGGCAGGCACUGUGAACCGAGGCAGCGAGGUGAUUGCCGCUGGGAUGGUGGUGAAUGACUGGUGUGCCUUCUGUGGCCUGGACACAACCAGCACAGAGCUGUCAGUGGUGGAGAGUGUCUUCAAGCUGAACGAAGCCCAGCCAAGCACCAUCGCUACCAGCAUGCGGGAUUCCCUCAUUGACAGCCUCACCUGAGUCACCUUCCAUGCUGUUCUGUGGGCUCCUGGCGCUGGACUUGGAAUCCCUCUGUGCCCCACCCAAUCUGUUUUGGAUGCUGGCAGGGAGUUGGCAGAGAGCUCACUGUGACUGAGUGGCUGGAUGCCAGCUCUUCACCUGUGCCCAUCUCCUGAACCUACAGUCACUGUAAAAAUCUGCCAUAUUGUGCUGUCAGGCCUUAAAGGCUCCUGACUGCUCUGUUUCCUGCACUACCCCCAUUAAAGGGCAGCUGCCUCUGGCUAUUCUUGAA